AUGCAGUCCGUAGUGACUUACGAAAAGCCAUUGCCACAUUUAACUUUACCUGACUGGGAUGCGAGAUUGUACGGAUUACAGGUGACAGCAGACACUAGGAGAGCGGACGCCUUUGAUCUUCGGUACAGUUCGUAUCAACUUCGAAAUGAAACCAAAAUUAAGACCGAUUGGGACAGCUACCAUAAUAACAAUAGGCUGCGUGCGAGAGUAUACGAAAUAGAACAAUGGAAAUCGACUCUACAGGAGUUGUUAGAGCGUUUGGAUAGAGAAAUGGCAGCACUUAAAGAAGAGAAGGCAUCAACGGAGAGAGAGUUGGAGCAACUCAAUAUGCCUUUAUUGGUCUGCUCUGAGUGCCUGUCCAACAGAGAUGGUAGAAUGAGUUCUGAACUUACAUACGAUCUUGCUGAUACUGAGUUAAAGAAGGAACUUUGCGUGACCGAGAGCAAUAAGAAAAUGCUGAUAGACCGAUGUCAGUCCGCUUGGGAGAAGAUCAACAAGCUGGAAGUCGUGAAGUUUAAGUUGCAGCUCGAUCUCAACGAUAAGAACGAGACACUCCAAAUUGACAAAGAUAUGCUCAAUUUGGACAAGGAUUGUGCUAACAUCACAUAUAAAACUGAUUCAUUGAAGACUCCUAGACGUAUGAUAACCUACGACCAAUGGCUACAAAAGUGCGAGGCAACUAAAAAAAUGGCGAUCGAUGAGCUGCAAGACACUCUGCGUCUUCGUGAAUCCUUGUUUGUAGCUCGCGGUCGUGCCAGGAACGCGUUACGGGCGCAAACUGAUGUCACCAACUACAUGAUGAGGAGAAGAAUCUACGAAACGCAACGAGCAAGAAAUGAGCUGCAGUGGCAGAAAAUGAAGAUGGAAGAAAAUAUGGACAGGUUGGCUACAGAAUUGAAGACCAUAGGAGAACAAUUUGCAGAUAAAGUUAACGCGCUUAAGGUUGCUGAAACACGACUGGAGACGCGUGGGUACAGACCUGGAAUUGAAUUGGCCGGUGACGAAGCUGACAUCGGUAUGAAGGAGGAAGUGAGGAACCUCAGAGAGACGAUAAGACAACUUCAGGAGAAGCAGGAUUGUGCUAAAGCUACGUACAACGCUCUGGAGGCAGCGUCUAUCAAGAUCGCUAUAGACCUGGGCGAUAAGGAACAAUCUCUGGAGACAGACACUCGAGCGUUGGAAAUGAGGGCGGCUCUGGAGCCAAAAAAACCCACGGGGACGGACAAGAACUUGAUCCUCGCCAGUAUAGAAGAUGAAGUGCCCAAAAUGGAAGGAUGA